GGAGGAGGCUGGAGGCUUCGGACUCAGUGCUGGAAUGAGGAGUAAUUGAGCUUGUGCUGAGCUGGAGGUAGCUUUCUCCUCCCGGUGUCAUUGCUGCAGCCUCCACUCCCGGGUCCCUAGUUCAUCAGCUGCCUCUCUUCCUGGUGUAAAAUCGCCUACAAAGACAGCAAAGCCGCCACUGAAGUUGCCCGGCGUAAGACUACGGAGGUAUUGGCUCAGUAACUUUUCACGUCAUUUUCUGCUCUGGAUCCCCUUCUCGCCUCUCCACGCAGCUUUUCCCACCGCAAAUCACCAGUGCUCAUGGGGCAGGCGAAGAGGAGCUUGCAGCACUGAGCUGAACCGGACUCGAGCCCGUGAUGUCCGGCACCAAAUUGGAGGACUCCCUCCCUCGUCGCAACUGGUCAUCUGCUUCGGAACUGAAUGAAACUCAAGAGCCGUUUUUAAAUCCCACCGACUAUGACGACGAGGAAUUCCUGCGGUACCUGUGGAGGGAAUACCUACACCCGAAAGAAUAUGAGUGGGUCCUGAUCGCCGGGUACAUCAUCGUGUUUGUGGUGGCUCUCAUUGGGAACGUCCUGGUUUGUGUGGCCGUGUGGAAGAACCACCACAUGAGGACAGUGACCAACUACUUCAUCGUCAACCUCUCUCUGGCUGACGUGCUGGUGACCAUCACCUGCCUUCCGGCCACACUGGUUGUCGAUAUCACAGAGACCUGGUUCUUCGGACAGUCCCUCUGUAAAGUGAUCCCUUACUUACAGACUGUGUCUGUGUCUGUGUCUGUCCUAACACUGAGCUGCAUUGCCUUGGAUCGAUGGUAUGCAAUCUGUCACCCUUUGAUGUUCAAGAGCACAGCCAAGCGGGCCCGGAAUAGCAUCGUCAUCAUCUGGAUUGUAUCCUGCAUCAUAAUGAUUCCUCAGGCCAUCGUCAUGGAGUGCAGUACCAUGCUCCCCGGCUUAGCUAAUAAAACCACUCUAUUUACAGUAUGUGAUGAGCGCUGGGGAGGAGAAAUUUACCCCAAGAUGUAUCACAUCUGUUUCUUUCUUGUGACAUACAUGGCACCCCUGUGUCUUAUGGUGUUGGCUUAUCUGCAAAUAUUCCGGAAACUCUGGUGCCGACAGAUUCCUGGAACAUCAUCUGUAGUUCAGAGAAAAUGGAAGCCCCUGCAUCCGGUUUCACAGCCCCGAGGACCAGGGCAGCCUACCAAGUCCCGGAUUAGUGCUGUGGCCGCUGAAAUCAAGCAGAUCCGAGCCAGAAGGAAAACAGCGAGGAUGUUGAUGGUGGUGCUUUUGGUGUUUGCAAUUUGUUAUCUGCCGAUUAGCAUCCUCAAUGUACUAAAGAGAGUAUUUGGAAUGUUUGCCCACACUGAAGACAGAGAGACUGUAUAUGCUUGGUUUACAUUUUCCCACUGGCUUGUAUAUGCCAAUAGUGCUGCAAACCCCAUUAUUUACAAUUUUCUCAGUGGAAAAUUUCGGGAGGAAUUUAAAGCUGCAUUUUCUUGCUGUUGCCUUGGAGCUCACCAUCGCCAGGAGGAUCGUCUCACCCGGGGAAGGACAAGCACAGAGAGCAGGAAGUCCCUGACCACCCAGAUCAGCAACUUUGAUAAUGUUUCAAAACUCUCAGAGCAAGUUGUGCUCACCAGCAUAAGCACACUCCCAGCAGCCAACGGGGCAGGACCACUGCAAAACUGUGAUUCUCAAAGUGUGGUUCCUGAAUCAGCAUCAGCAUCUCCGGGGAACUUACUAAACAUGCAAAACCCAAACCUACUGAACCAGAAACCUUGGGGUGGUACCCAGGAAUCUAUGUGUUAACAAGACCUACAGGUGAUUUUCAAGCACCUUAAGAUUUGAGAAACACUGCUAAAAAUGAUACCAUUGGCAUCAAUUUAUUAGCCCGUGUGAAAUAAAGUCUCUUACUGCACAGGUAUCUACAACAGGGACCACCGUCAUCACUACUAUCAACUUGGUUGGAGGUCUGAAAGAAGAGGCUGAGUGUCAAUGCUGAACCUCACAAGUGUCAUCUCACUCAAAGAGAUAAUGGCUUAUAAAAUAAGUGCCACUGUGUUAUAAGUGCAGUGUGAAAGAAGACCGGUGUCCAGGAACUCAUAUGCUUAUAGUAACCUGAAUGACUUGUGUUUUUAACUAAGACUUUCAAAUUCUCAGUUUUAUUUAUUAAAAAAUUAAGUUUGGGGAAAGCAGAUUAUUUUUUAAGAAUGAUCAUUACCUGGAAGGAAAAUCAUAAAAUAAAGCCAGUACUUAAACUCUGGGAAAGGAAAUAAUGGACCAUGUAUGUAUCUCUCAACAUGUGGACCCUGGAACUUCCUAAGAGAGCUGGACUUGUAUGGGUACCUUAAUAGGACAAAUGGUAAAGAUACAAGUGUUCAUAAGCCCUAUGAAUGUGAUGGAAUAAAGGGUCAACUACUUACCUCAUUAUGUGCUAAUGACACAAAUGAGAAGAUUUGUUAUGAAGAUUGUGUUCGGCCAUUUUAUGCUAUACAAUUGAAUAUGUAUCUCUGUUUUUUUCUGUUACAUUUUAAAAACAAUGUAGUAAGAUGUCAUUGUCACUGAAAUUUUAUUUUCAAUAGGGAUAAUAAUUUUACCUAAUAUAGACUAUGUUUGAGUUUUAUUAUUUCUGCAUUACUACAAAACCAUGCAAACCUAGAUAUUUGAGUCAUUCAUUCUUGACAAUAGAUUGUAGCCAGUUUGUGAGAAAAAUUACUUUCAAAUUUCACAAAACAUGAAGAAUUUCUGGAUAUUAAAUACCUGUCACAAAUUGUUGGUAAGUUUAUUGCCGUGUUCACCACAAUGAUAUCAAGUUUCACUCCCAGUGUACAUUGUUGUAAAGAUGAUCAAGAAAAUCCACAUAAAAUGUACUCUGUAUAUGCUUAAAUCUGAAACUUCAGAAUGGCAAAAACCCCAAAGUUGUUUGAUCCAAAUUACAAGGAGGGCUAUUAGUAUUUUGAUACUAGUGUAAUAAUACCAUGUUUUGCAUUUGGUGUAUAUCAUAAUAAUAGUCAAUUGCUUUUCAAAAAUAUAUGGCUAGUUAUUACAAUUUAGAAAGCUUUUUAUGAAAGUUAAUUUCACAACUGAUGGCUUUUCUACUUCCUACAAGUCACAAGUCACAACUCAAACAAAAAAUAAUAAUAAUUCCAGUAGCUUAUGUUCAAAUGGUUCUCAAGUUGCAUGAAGCAAAAUAAUAGUAUUUUUUAGAGUCAUUAUAUAAACAGGAGAAAUAUUGCUAAUCUGUCAAUUUUAUUACUUUAUUUACCACAGAAAAUGAAGUACAAAGGCAUGAAAAACACUUACUCAAAGUUCAAAGGGACUUGUCUUCUAGAUAACCACUGCUACUAACAGGGGGCAAAAGAUGCCCCCUGAUUUGCCACGUAUUCCUAUUCUUUAAAUUUUCUUUAUAACUUUUGAAGUUUGAAGGUCUUUUAAGUUUUCCAUGAAAUGUGUUUUUCUAGUUAUGGUGUUCCAAGUGUGUAACAUCAUGUCAAUUGUUCAACAAUUAUACUUUUAAAAGUUAUUUAUGCCUGAGUGUACUAUCUUCAUAGGAAAUUUCUUGUCAAACCCAAGGUGAUUACACAUCCACUGCUGUGAAGAGUACUCAUGAUGCAGUUUUUAAGUAAAAAAAAUCAUAUUGAGAAUUCUAUAAUCACAUCAUACUGCCCUCUCUAUUGUAAGAAAAAUUUUGUUGUUGUUGAUUAGAUAAAUUGAAUAUUCACUCAUAAUUAGUGUCAAAUCUUUGCAGUUAAGGAUCAGAUUAAGCCCUCUGGUGCAGUACUUAAUGACCAAAAUAUUUUUCCCAAUAAGUUUAUAUAACCAGGGAUAAUCAUGUUAUAAAAGAUCUUUAAUAUUGUUUCUAAGAGCCGUAUUACAAUAAAGGUUAAGAUUAAUACAGAAA